AUGGUCUCCUUUUUGUUGUGUGCGCCUCCUCUGUGGUCGGUGGAUAGGCGUGCGCAUUCGGCUCUUUACCCUGUUAAGUUGGCGUCGUGUGGUUGUGAGGAAAAGUUUGCUGGUGGUGUCCAACCAACAGCAAUGUCAUCGCUGUCUAAGAAAAAGUACUACGCCGUCGCGGCAGGCUACAAGACAGGCAUUUAUGAGUCGUGGGACGAGUGCAGCCGCAACGUAACUGGGUUCCCACGAGCCCGGUUUAAGUCCUUCAAGACGUUGGAAGAGGCGCAGGCGUUUCUUGCUUGUGAGAACGAUGCGGACCACAAGGGCACUGUGGAGGGUGCAGCAGCAGAUGUUGCGUGUGGCGUGGCACCGACGCUGGGCAGGCAGGAAUGCCUGUCUGUUGAGCCUCCGGCAGCAGCAGCGGCAGCGGGGAGGAAGCGUCAGCGUCAAUCACUUUCGUCUUCGGCCUCCCUGUCGCCGUUGACACUGUCGGAGGUGGAGGAGGGCAUCACGGGGGACGCAGAGAUGCUGCAGCACGUUUCCCAUGAGUGGAUGAAGGCGAGGGAGCAGGAGGCGGUGGAGGUGUACGUCGAUGGGGCAUGCCGCGCAAAUGGCAAGGGGACACUUUCACGCGGUGGCUACGGCGGUUACUACGGGGAAAACGACCCGCGGAACUUCUCCCUACCACUUCCUGCUGCUGAGCCGCAGACAAAUAACCGAGCGGAGCUUCAUGCCGUCAUUCAUGUAAUUCGAAUCGCGUUAGAGGCAGAGCCAUGCUACAACCUGCGUGUCUUCUCUGACAGCGUGUACACCAUUCGGGGCGCCGACUUUUACAUGCAUAAGUGGAUACGAAACGGCUUUUGGGGCUCCAAGGGAUCGACUGUGGCGAACUGCGACCUUUGGAAGACGCUACACGCCAUGCGCUGCAGGCAUGCAGGCCGGUACUGUGAUUUGCUGGUGGCUCAGUUUGGAUUGCUGCCUGUGGUGGCGCGGAAAGUGGCGGGGCGGCUGUCGUUGCAGUUGGUUCAUGUGAAGGGACACAGUGGUAUCCACGGGAAUGAAAUGGCGGACCACCUGGCGGUGAUGGGCGCGCUCCACGGACGGUCCACCGACGAGUGA